CCUGACCGGCUGGAGGAAGAAGGAGCUGCUGCAGUGCACUUAGCCUGCCGGCCGGAGCACAGGGCACCACUGCUGCACCCGAGAGGUGUCUACUCAGCACACAGCGAGGAGGAGCUACAGACCUGCUUACACGGCAAUAAAGGAACCAGGACUGCACAGAGAGCCAUUAGCUGCAGCCAGUCCUCCAAAAGGUCAUACAUUCAGCGCUACGGCUUGCAGAGGAGACAUAGGACCAUAGGACAGAUGGUCUUCACCCCCAAGCCUGCCAGCAGCCACUCUCCAUCAUUCUGACGGUGCCCACCUAUAGCUGCCACUGGCAGAGCCCGGACAGAGUCCUGUAUGAGCAUCCCUAGGGGUGCCAGACUCUGCCAUCUCUACCAUCAGGGGUAGCCAGAGAGGAGGGACCCCCAGCUCUGCCAUUACCCACCUGCAAUGCCUGGGUCACAGGAAACAGCCGCAGCAACACCCAUUGGUCACAGCCUGGGUUAACUGCCAGCAGGCGACCAGAUCUGACUGUGAAACCCAGUGGAAUAGGUACCAGGGCCAUCAAAUACCUGCAAGCAGGGCACAUUUGGAGACAGCGAGCCAGUGCAAGGGCGCCAGUUACACUUGCAACCAGAGGGCAGCCUGUCCCAUCAGCACCAAGGCACCAUUAGCACCUGCAACCAGAGGGCAGCCUGUCCCAUCAGCACCAAGGCACCAUUAGCACCUGCAACCAGAGGGCAACCUGUCCCAUCAGCACCAGGACCACCUGCAACCAGAGGGCAGCCAGUCCCACCAGCACCAGGGCACCAUUAGCACCUGCAACCAGAGGGCAGCCUGUCCCAUCAGCACCAAGGCACCAUUAGCACCUGCAACCAGAGGGCAGCCUGUCCCAUCAGCACCAAAGCACCAUUAGCACCUGCAACCAGAGGGCAACCUGUCCCAUCAGCACCAGGACCACCUGCAACCAGAGGGCAGCCUGUCCCACCAGCACCAGGGCACCAUUACUACCUGCAACCAGAAGGAACCCUGUCGCAUCAGCACCAGGGCACCAUUACCACUUGCAACCAGAGGGCACCCUGUCUCAUCAGCACCAGGGCACCAUUACCAUCUGCAGCCAGAGGGAACCCAGUCCCAUCAGCACCAGUGCACCAUUACCACCUGCAACCAGAGGGCACCCUGUCCUGUCAGCACCAUUAACACCUUAAACCAGUAAGCACUUUGUCAUAUCAACACCCAGUGCCUGCGCACCAGUUACAACUAGAGGGCAUCCAGAUACAUCAGAAUUCUGAUUACCCCAGGGCAACAAAUUUGAUUUGGAUCCAGAGGUUACCAGUACUAGGCUACCCAGAGCCAUCAGAACCCAGUGUCAGUGCACCAAGUACACCUGCUGGGGAGGAGAGCAUCCAUCCUAUCUUCAUCCUUGGUUACCUUAGUACCUGCUGUGGUUGCUGAAGCACACAUCAGCAUGUCAGCAGGAUACUACCUGCUGACCACCCUGGGGGGUUAUGUGCUCACAUCAGUCCUGCUCCUUAAAUACCCUACCCUGCUGCACAGGAAGAAGCAUCAGAAAUUCCGCUGCAGACACAUCUCCCACAGAGGAGGUGCUGGAGAAAACUUAGAAAAUACAAUGACAGCUUUCCGACAUGCCAUCAACCUGGGGACCGAUAUGCUGGAACUGGACUGUCACCUCACAAAAGACGAACAAGUUGUUGUUUCACAUGAUGGGAACCUGAAGAGAUCCACAGGUGUGAAUGUCAACAUUUCAGACCUUAAAUACUGUAAUCUCCCUUCAUAUCUUUGCCAGCUGGAUGUCACAUUUGAAAAAGACUGCUGCUGUGAAGGAGGAGAAGACAGACGUAUCCCGUUGCUGAAAGAGGUGUUUGAAUCUUUUCCAGAGACACCAAUCAACAUAGACAUCAAAGUGAAUAGCAACAUUCUUGUUAAAAAGGUCUCUGAAUUGAUAAGAGAAUAUAAGAGAGAGCACCUGACAGUGUGGGGUAAUGCAGACUACGAGAUAGUGCAGAAAUGUCAAAAGGAGAACAAUGACAUCCCUCUGCUCUUCUGCUUUCAACGGGUUCUCCUCCUGGUUGGUUUAUUUUAUACAGGACUUCUACCCUUUGUACCAAUUCGGGAACAGUUCUUGGAGAUUCCCAUGCCCUCUAUCAUCAUGAAGCUGAAAGAUCCCUCAAAAAUGAGCAGGAGUCACAAAUUUGUGGUGUGGCUUGCAGAUGCAUUAAUCAUGAGAAAAUGUUUGUUUGAUCAUCUAAAAGCAAGAGGAAUUCAGGUGUACAUUUGGGUGCUAAACAAUGAAGAGGAAUAUAAAAGGGCUUUUGAUUUGGGUGCCACUGGUAUAAUGACGGACUAUCCCACUAGACUGAAGGAGUACAUGGAAACUCACUCCCUUUAAAGCUCAACACUGCAAGAAUAGAGCUACGCCUCUCAUCUGGCUGAUGUCCUGCUGAACACUAGGGUCAUCAUACCUCAUACGCAACAACUGUAAUAACUGUCUAGUUACUUAUACAUAUGUAUUUAAGGGGAACUUGCAUAGUUUACAUUUUGUAAAUAAAUUAGGCAGAAUAGGAGAAACCUCAGAAACUGUAUGUUGAAGAACGUAAAAUUACUGUCAGAACUCUGACAUAGAAUGUACUGUAUGCCGUACCUGUCUGGAAGCCGGCUUUCAUAUCUGAAACUUCACUCUGCCAGAUGCAAAAAAAAUAGCUCAUAAUGCAUUGCAUUUGGUCCAUAGUGACCAGAGAUGAUGUAUAGAAAUCAUGCCUAAAUGGAACAAUUUCAUUCCUGCAAAGAACACAAAAAUGCAUUUUAAAUUAAUUUGCACUGGUAAUCUAAAAAGAACAUCGAUAUUGAUUUACCUUUUGUGAGAUCAAAACAGUCAAUUAAUACAAUAAUAAUUAAAGCAGUUACUGAGUAAAUAUUAGUGUUACUAGUAGCUGAGAAAUCAUGGUACUGCUUGACGGGUUAACAGAAAAGGAAAGAAAGGAAGGGGGAAAUCUAUGAUGCAUUUUUUAUACAUAUGGCUGCUGUAUGUUUUCCUUGGCACGUAUCCCUUGUACAUAAAGAUGGGCAACAAAUGAAAAGUACACCCUUGUAGCAUGUAGUAUCCUUAUACUGCAGGGAGGAAAAAAUCAGUUUAUUUAUUAUAGAGUUAUCAGAUCUCCAAAAGAUCAGUCUUGAUUAUUUUAGUUAUCCCUCAAUUAGAUAUCUCUCAAUUGCAUACUAAAGGGCAGUUCGUCCUGUUGGUAUACUGAUGAUAUGGAGAGCCGCACACAAUUAUUUUAUGCUCACUAGACCUUACUAGCUGUUUGAGAUAACUGAGAAAAAUGUACAAACAAAUAAUCAAAAAACAACUACAGGCUGGAGUGGACACCCAUAAUAGAUUUAAAUGAGUGAGGUAAUUAGAAAUGAAUUCCUUGUGUUUGAUGUAAAUUCCCAGUGCCCCAACCAUUCUUAUCCUACCCAUUGUUACCCUUGAAUAUGCAGUUCAGCAUUCAGAAGUAGUGAAUCAUGUUACAUUAUCAGACGGGAGGCAUGGGAUUGUUGCCUGUUAGCAGCUGCAAAAUUUUCUCAAAGGAGCUGUAGACACAAACAUAUAAGCUGUGAAAGACGCUGUCAAUGCGGUGGGGACUUGUAUAGCAUUGUACAGCGCUGCAGAAUUUGUUGGCGCUAUAUAAAUAAUAAUAAUAAUAGCACAAGCCAACCCUGUGAGCCCAGGCCGUACAAGUACUUGCAGAAGCUUUCUCCUUUGAUCUCUCUCUCUCUCUCUCAAUAAAGAAUUGGGCUGAGAGCAGAAGCUGUUAUUGCAGUUAUAAUGCAGUCAUAAGCAGCUUUUAGACACUGUGCAGGGACACAGUGAUGGGGGACCUCCUUGUAUAAUAACCUAUGCAUCUUUUUACAUUUUUGAAAUUUAUUUUAUAACUGUUGCAACCUCCUGCCUAGUUUAGGUGAGAUUUUAAAAGACUUUUUGUAGCAGGUUGGCUAAUGUAUAUUACUAAAAACAUCUUAAAGGGAAACGAUAGUCACCAGAAUAACUACAGCUUAAUGUAGUGGUUCUGGUGUCUAUUGUCUGUCCCUGCAGGCUUUUCAAUGUAAGUGCUGCCUUUUCAGAGAAAUGGUAGUUUACACAUGGCUGCCUAGGAACACCUAUAGGUGCAAUCACUAAGAUGGCUACUAGAGGUGCUUCCUAGUGUGCAUCACUGGUGUUCAGCAUCUCCACGUUCUGCAUAGAGAGUGAAUGCAUCUCCAUAAGGAGAUGCUGAUUGGCACAGCGUGGUAUUUUACCGCGCAUGCGUAAUAGCCUCCCAAUGUUUUUCUAUGAGAAAGUAUUGGAUUGGCUGAGAUCAUCAAAUUUUAUGAUCUCAGCCAUGGAGGCGGAGCAAGGCGGGACUAGCCGUGGCAUGUUCAGUGCGACAUUGAAGAAAAGAUGAGCAAAAUCACCUUUUCAGAGCGAUUUAAGGAGGGCUGGUGACCUAAACAGCCACACAUGCCCUAUAGUGUAAUAAAUACAUGUUUGUAUUCCUGACAAUAUAGUAUUCCUUUAAGAAUUACAGAUUUGUUUUAAAAUAAUGCUAACACAAUGUUUAGACACAUUUUAAUAUUCUCCCUGUUAAAAACAACGUUUGGCUGAAUCCCCCAUAUAUUGACUGUCACCAAAUGUCCAAGUGUCUCAUUUAAAGAGUUAAUAACUUCAGCAGGUGUGGUUAUAUGUGGCUCUGCUCUGAUCCAUUGUCAAUAUCAGAAUGUAAAUAAACCCUGCACUUGCUUUUUUAAUGUUGUGUUCUAUUCACCAUAUAAUGGACAGGUGACUUCUAGGACCAGAAAACCUUUGUCCUGGCACUUUUCAGAGAAAUAAGAUAUCAUGUUU